GCGGCAUCCGAUGGACCUGCGCUACAUGAAGUUCCUGCGGAUGCUGCUGCGUAUGAUCGACUCCUGGCCGCACCAGCAGCUACGCGAUAGCAAGCCCGUGCGCUUCCGAGACUCGCGCUACUUGUUCAUAGAGGGCGCUGGCGUCGGCAUCGGCGGCCUGUUCUACGUCCGGAGCCACUACAAGGUGGUCCCCUUCCUGGAAAUUGGGCAGACGUACUUGACUAUCUUUCUGAGCGUAGUCGCUACGCAAAGAGUGACUAUCGCCUGGUUCAAGUCAUUUCGGGAAGUAAUAACGGAAUUUGUUUUGAAAAUACAUUUGUUCUACUUCAGACAUAAAUCGAAUUAUACUGAAAAUGUGUAUCAACGUAUAAACAGACUCUGCUCAGUCUUUGUUGCUUUCGUCGCUGUAGAAGUAACAAUAGGAAUAUUUCUGUUCAACUUAAUGCCCUUCCUCAAUAACUACAAGAAGGGCAUGUUCAAUCAGGAGCUGCCGGCCAACAAGGUGUUCGAGCAUUCCAUCAACUACUCCCUGCCAUACGUCGACUGCUACACCAACUUGAUCGGGUACAUUGUCAUGACGCUCAUCAAUAUAAUCUGCAGCUAUGACUGCGGCAUGUUUUUCAGCAGCGUUGACGUUUGUAUAGCUGUCAUCGUGUUUCACAUCUGGGGACACUUGAAAAUCCUCGACCAUCGUUUGAGAACCUUCCCGACGCCGGUGCAGAUGCGCGGCCACCAGCCUGGAGAGCCUGGAAAUGAUCUAAUGUAUACUAAGGAAGAAAAUAUGAAAGCUGCAGCUAUGCUUAGGGACAUCAUCGAGUAUCAUGGAAUGAUAAUGCGUUUCAUGACUAAAACAUCCGAGGCAUUUGGACCAACGCUGUGCUUAUACUACGUGUUUCAUCAAGUCAGCGGUUGUAUUCUCCUCCUCGAAUGUUCAAGCUUGGACCCAGAAUCUUUGGGAAGGUACGCUGGAUUGACAGUAACUCUAUUCCAACUUCUGAUCCAGGUUUCGGUAAUUGUGGAACUUCUUGGUACUCAGAGCGAGACCCUAAAGGACGCGGUGUACAGCAUGCCGUGGGAGUGCAUGGACACGAGCAACCGGCGGACGGUGCUGUUCCUGCUUUACAAAGUGCAGGAGCCCAUCCGCCUCAAGCCCAUGGGCAUCGUCUCUGUCGGCGUGCAGACGAUGGCCACCGUGUGUAUUUCAAUUUACACUCAUUAAA